UAGUUCCUUCCUUUGUUUUCGCUCUUGCCCCACAUAUUAUUAUUUACCACUAGCUUCUUCUUCUUCCACAAUAUUUUAGGCUCCAAACUUGUCAAGAAAACCAACUGAAUUAACUGAAAAGCUUGGGAACUCACCACAGCUAUGCUAAUGGCCGCAACCGCUAGCUCUAGCGCCCUCCUUAGACCGACCCCGUUCCUCGGCCAAAACAGAGGGCAAAGUUCAACCUCUCUAAGAGAUGUUGUCCCCAUGGGAACUGGGAAAUACACCAUGGGAAACGAGUUGUGGUAUGGACCAGACAGAGUGAAGUACUUGGGACCUUUCUCUGCUCAAACUCCAUCAUACCUGACCGGUGAGUUCCCCGGUGACUAUGGAUGGGACACCGCUGGUUUGUCUGCUGAUCCCGAGGCCUUUGCCAAGAACAGGGCUCUGGAGGUGAUCCACGGCAGAUGGGCAAUGCUCGGAGCAUUGGGCUGCAUCACUCCAGAGGUCCUCGAGAAAUGGGUCAAAGUGGACUUCAAGGAGCCAGUCUGGUUCAAGGCCGGGGCCCAAAUCUUCUCAGAAGGUGGACUGGACUACUUGGGCAACCCCAACCUGGUCCACGCCCAGAGCAUCCUCGCAGUCCUGGGCUUCCAAGUGGUCCUGAUGGGCCUCGUCGAGGGCUUCCGCAUCAAUGGACUUGAUGGCGUAGGUGAGGGCAAUGACCUCUACCCAGGUGGGCAAUACUUCGACCCAUUGGGCCUGGCCGAUGACCCAGUCACCUUUGCCGAGCUAAAGGUCAAGGAAAUCAAGAACGGAAGACUUGCCAUGUUCUCCAUGUUCGGCUUCUUUGUCCAAGCCAUUGUCACUGGAAAGGGUCCUCUUGAGAACCUUCUCGACCACCUUGACAACCCUGUUGCUAACAAUGCUUGGGUCUACGCCACCAAGUUCGUUCCGGGGUCGUAAAUUGAAUGUUGAUGUCGUUUUUAUGAUCGGUCUUGUCCCUUUGAUGAAAAUGAAAUUAGUACUGUAAAGAAUUGUGUAGAUCUCAUCCUUGGUUACCGUAUUUCACUUCUGUUUUGGAUUCUACGUCACAAGGACUGAACAAAUGUGGAGUGCUCAAAUUUGUGUGCA